CAAAAUCCCACGGACUCCACCUCCACCCACCUCUGCUCUUCUUUCUUACUCAUCGUCCCCUUCGCGACUUCACUUCCUCAGCCUUAUCAGGAUAACGAAAAGGAGAAAGCUAAAGAACCAAGACAAGAAAAAAAAGCCAUGGCAGCUGCCGUCACCAUAAUGUCGUCGCCGGCAUGGAUGCCGCCGCGCAGAACCGCUCAAUCCUCUCCUCGUGGAGGCGUCUCCGCUUCUCUCUCCCUCACCACCGGCACCACAUCCAGGAGGAAUUUCUCCAUGAAUGCCAGCUCCACGUCUCGCUCCGGCCUGCUGCACUGCUCUUUCCUCUCCUCUCCUACUUCCUCCUUCUCUUCUUCCUUCUCAGGUCUGUCUCUGGGAACUGUGGGUUUGAGCUCCGGCGGGGAAUCAAGAAAGCGGAGCGGCGGACUGGUGGUGAGAGCAGGGAAGGCUGCGCUUUGCCUGACGAAGAGGAACAGGUCAAGGAAGUCUCUGGCGAGGACUCAUGGAUUCCGGCGAAGAAUGAGAACGACUAGCGGGAGGGCGAUUCUGAAGCGGCGACGGGCGAAGGGACGAUGGGUCCUCUGCACCAAGUCGAAUCCUAACAGCGGCAAAGCUUCCUAAACCUUGAAUUCUGCUGUUGUUUGCUCGGCUGGGCGGAACAGAGGUGAUUGAGAUUUCCCUGUACUUGUAUUUCGACUCCACAACUCAUUGUUCAUGGUUCCUUUUAUGAAUCCUCCCAUAGCUGUUUCUUGCUCCAAGAUUAAAUUUCUCAGAGGCCUUGGAUGCUACUGUAUUAUUUGCUUAUUGAAUGAAACAUAUGUUGAAGUCCAAUGAGAUAACGAGUAGGUUCAUAUCCUCUUCACCAUGGUAGCUUCAUAUCCUCUUGCCGCAAUGGGUCAAAACCACUGGCUAGUGUGUAUAAACAUGACGGUACACUCUAUUUCAAUCAACAGUUCAUGUAAUGAAAUGCAGCUAAUCCA